CAGGAGUAUAAGAGAACCUCGUGUCAGAAGUUUAAAUCGACAUCAACGAACAGUGUCUCCUCCACUCACUGACUAAAUAACACAUUCACACAUCAUGAAGUUCACUGCCGUCCUUCUCAUGGCCGCUGGCGCCCUCGCCGCCCCCAUCGUCGAACGCCAAGCCACUCCCUCAAUCCCCGUUGGCAUCCCACCCUUCCCCACUGGCCCUCUCCCCACCGGUCCCAUGCCGACACCUCCAGGAGGUCCCCCCGCUUUCCCUACUGGCGCUCCUCCCUUCCCAACCGGUGGCUUCCCUGGCUUCCCGAGCUUCUCAGGCGGAGCGCCUCCGUUCCCUACUGGUGGCUUUCCCAGCUUUCCAGGUGGUGUUCCUCCCAUGCCCACUGGAGGGCUCCCUGGUCGACCUAGUGGAGGACCAAUGCCGAUGCCUACUCGGAGUGUGCCGGGCUUUUCGCCUAUGCCUAUGCCUACGCCUGUUGGUCCUCCGGCAUAG